AUGCCUUUUGACCCAUCCUACCACGGUCAAUCAGUAUCCAGAGUCAAAAGUCUAGCUAAACAGAUGUCGCCACCAUCAGCAACCAGCUUCACGGCUGAUGUCGUUCCUCAAGCUCCAGAGGAUCCUCUGUUCGGACUCGUAAGGGCUUUCCGAGCUGAUGAAGAUCCCGGCAAAGUAGAUUUAAGUAUCGGUGUUUAUCGUGACGAUAACGCUAAGCCUUGGAUCUUAUCAGUAGUAAAGAAGGCAGACGAUAUUCUUCACGACGAUCCCGAGCUAAACCACGAAUAUGCCCCUAUUUCUGGUAUUGCUUCGUUUACCAGCAAAGCCGCCGAGCUGAUCCUUGGUGGUGCCGAUUCUCCUGCCAUUAAGGAGAAGCGUGUUGCCUCUUUCCAGACCAUCUCAGGUACCGGUGCUGUGCAUCUGGGAGCUCUCUUCCUUGCCAAGUUUUACCAGGGAAACAAGAAGGUCUACCUCUCGGAUCCUACGUGGGCAAACCACCACCAAAUCUUCACCAAUGUUGGUCUCCCUAUCGCCAGCUACCCCUAUUUCUCUAAAGAGACAAGAGGACUUGACUUUGAGGGCAUGAAGUCUGCCUUACUCGGUGCUCCGGAACGAUCAGUUGUUCUGCUGCACGCUUGCGCGCAUAACCCUACUGGUGUCGACCCUACUCUCGAGCAAUGGAAGGAGAUCGCGGAGGUGAUUCGCCUAAAGAACCACUUCCCCUUCUUUGAUUCCGCAUACCAGGGCUUUGCGUCGGGUGACCUGUUGCGCGACAAUGCGGCCGUCCGAUACUUUGUCGAACAGGGAUUCGAGUUCGUCGUAGCACAGAGUUUCGCCAAGAACUUCGGUCUGUACGGCGAGCGAGCCGGUUGCUUCCACGUAGUGACUGCUCCCGCGUCAGAUGCAGAAGCUACCAUCACCCGAAUCGCAUCUCAGUUAUCUAUUCUACAGCGAUCCGAGAUUUCAAAUCCUCCGCUGUACGGCGCACGUAUCGCCAGUAUUGUCCUUAACGACCCCAAGCUCUUUUCCGAGUGGGAGGAGAACUUGAAGACUAUGUCCGGCCGCAUUAUGUCUAUGCGCAAGGCUUUGCGGUCGAAGAUAGAAGAGCUAGACACCCCGGGUACCUGGAACCACAUCACGGAUCAGAUUGGCAUGUUCAGCUUUACUGGCCUGUCAGAAACCCAAGUUCAGAAGAUCCGCUCUGAUUAUCACAUCUACAUGACGAAGAACGGUCGUAUAAGUAUGGCUGGCCUAAACACGCGGAACGUCGAGUACGUUGCCAAGGCGAUUAACGCCAUCGUUCGGGACGUCAAAUAG